AUGGAUCGGAUUUUUGGAAAUGUCAACAAUAGAUUCAAGAACGUUGGCAAUAUGGAGGGCAAGCGGAUGGCCCUCAAGCUCGUUGGAUUCUAUGCCAUGGGUUGGACGCUGCGCAAACUCCUCAAAUAAAUACUAUUGUACUAUAUAUUGGUGAUCGCAAAUAUAUUCAAAUUUCAUGUUUUGAAAUGUAUAAAUUCUGUCAAUUAAAUAUGAAACUUACCUCAAA